AUGGAGAUUGGUACGGCCUUGCUGGUUUUGACGGCCAUCACAGCUUAUUUACUUUGGUUCACCUUCAUCUCACGGUCCCUGAAGGGUCCAGGUGUCUGGCCCUUAUUGGGCAGCCUCCCGGGCCUCAUAGAGAAUUCCGACCGCUUGCACGACUGGAUCUGCGACAACCUACGCGCCUGCGGCGGCACGUAUCAAACAUGCAUCUGCGCCAUCCCCUUCCUCGCCAGAAAGCAGGGCCUCGUGACCGUCACGUGCGACCCGAAGAAUCUGGAGCACAUACUGAAAACCCGGUUCGACAAUUACCCCAAGGGCCCCACUUGGCAAUCCGUGUUUCAUGAUCUUUUGGGCCAAGGCAUCUUCAACUCAGAUGGCGACACGUGGCUGUUUCAGAGGAAGACGGCCGCACUGGAAUUCACAACCCGGACGCUCCGCCAAGCCAUGGCUCGGUGGGUCAGCCGAUCCAUCAAGCUGAGGUUCUGCCCGAUUCUUAGAUCGGCUGAGCUUGAAUCCGAACCGGUUGAUCUUCAAGACUUGUUGCUUCGGCUCACUUUCGACAACAUAUGCGGCUUGACUUUCGGGAAGGACCCGCAGACUUGCGCGCCGGGGUUUCCGGACAAUGGCUUCGCCUCGGCUUUCGACCGAGCCACCGAAGCCUCGCUACAGCGUUUUAUUUUGCCCGAAGUGCUGUGGAAGCUGAAGAAGUGGCUUGGGCUUGGAAUGGAAGUCACGCUGAGCCGAAGCCUUGUGCACAUUGAGGAGUAUUUAUCCGAUGUGAUUGCUUCCCGUAAGCUCGAGUUGCUGAAUCAGCAGAAAGAUGGAAACCCGCACGAUGAUCUGUUGUCAAGGUUUAUGAAGAAAAAGGAGAACUAUUCAGAUACUUUUCUCCAACACGUGGCACUCAAUUUCAUCCUAGCUGGACGCGACACGUCAUCAGUUGCGCUGAGCUGGUUCUUUUGGUUGGUCACUCUGAACCCGAUAAUCGAAGAGAAAAUCUUGCACGAAAUCUGCACCGUUCUGAUCGAGACACGUGGUGAUGAUGUGGUGAGUUGGUUGGAGGAGCCUUUGGAGUUUGAGGAAAUUGACCGAUUGAUAUACCUGAAAGCAGCAUUGUCCGAAAGCCUUAGGUUGUACCCUUCCGUGCCUGAGGACUCAAAACAUGUUGUGCGCGAUGACAUUUUGCCCGACGGGACAUUCGUGCCCGCUGGAUCAUCGGUGACCUACUCAAUAUACGCGACGGGGCGGAUGAAGUCCACAUGGGGGGGACGAUUGCCUAGAGUUUCGACCAGAGAGGUGGUUAUCUUUAGACGGUAA